AUGUCUGAAUCUGACUUCAAGUUCACGGACCUCCUUCAUUGGGAAACCCCGCGGCUGCCAGGUGUCACGAGGCUGAGGUGGAAGUUGAGCGAUCAGGACACGUGUGUGUGUGUGUGUGUGUGUGUGUGUGUGUGCGUGUGUGCAUUGGAUUUGUUUGACAAACUAAUUCGAGAGGGAAUUAACUUUUUAAUUUGUUUCCGAUGUUUCACUAUAAAGCUUCUUCUAAAGAGACUUGCGUUGCAUGAAGACUCGAAGGAUUCACAAACCGCGCCGCAUCCGUCGGGCUGUUUGCGUUUGCUUCUGAUUCGGCUUCUGCUUCUCUCUGCAGCGCGCAAGCAAGAAAUCAUCAAGAUCACCGAGCAGCUGAUCGAGGCCAUCAACAACGGGGACUUCGAGGCGUACGCUAAGAUCUGCGACGCCGGGCUGACCUCCUUUGAGCCGGAGGCGCUGGGCAACCUGGUCGAAGGGAUGGAUUUCCACCGGUUCUACUUUGAGAACCUUUUGGCCAAGAACAGCAAGCCCAUCCACACCACCAUCCUGAACCCCCACGUCCACCUGAUCGGCGAGGACGCCGCCUGCAUCGCUUACAUCCGCCUGACCCAGUUCGUGGAUAACCAGGGCCGGCCGCGCUCCAGCCAGUCGGAGGAGACGCGCGUCUGGCAGCGCAGAGACGGCAAGUGGCAGAACAUCCACUUCCACUGCUCAGGAGCACCGGCCGCGCCGCUCCAGUGAGGGUCGAAUGCUCUAGCUUCUUCUGUCAGGGGGGGGGGAGGAGGAGGAGGAGGAGGAGGAAGAAGGGAUGGUUUGGGCACAGACCCCCCCUUCUUCAACGAACCCUUCAUCAACAGACCCUCCCACGCGAGACACUCGGCUCGACCCCCAGCAUGCAUCUCUUCCUCCUGCCACCAACCAGCCGUCUGUCACACCUUCAGCGGCUUCGUCGUCCUUCCUCUUCUUCGCUGCCCCCCCCCCCCCCCCCCGACAGGCGAGGGGGUCGUGGUCCCUUCAUCUCUUCCCCGCAGGUCACCUGCCCCCCCGACCCUCUCACACCCCCCCCUGUCAAUCCACACUUGUGUGACAUAAACACUGCACUGGAAAUACAAUAUGUAAAGUUUUAAGUAAAAUCUAUUAUCAUUACUCUUAAUAUUAUUAUCAUUAUUAUUAUUACACAUUUGCAAAUGUACAUGUAAUUUAUAUAAUUCUAACUUCUUGAUGCCAGUGGUUGUUUUGUUUUUAUCUUUUUAAGGAAGCAUGUUUUUUUUCCAUAUUAACAGUGGCUGUUUUUUUAUUGUGGCUCUAUAGUAGAGAUGAUAUUGGCAGUUUUUGUAUUUUGCUUCUUCAACGUGAGCUUUAAUACUUAAAUACUCGAGUUCAACGCAGUAUUAUUUGUUUGGGGGUUUUCUUUUUCUCAUUAUUUUUUUUUGUUUUGGAAGGGAUAAAUCUGAACGUGUGUGUGUGUGUGUGUGUGUGUGUGUGUGUGUGUGUGUGUGUGUGUGUGUGUGUGUGACCAUGUAGGAGAGGUUCACUCAGUGUCUUCAAGCCUCCCAAUCGUCCACAUCCAAAGCGAAGAGGUUUACGAGAGAAGGUGGACGCAGUGAUGAUAGAAUGAGGCUGAAUGUUGAGACCAAAGAGGACGGAUCAGACCUUUGAUUCUUCACUGAGGGACUUUGAGGGACUUUGAGGGACUUUGAGAACGUGGAAGCCUCUCAGUCUUGGGGUCUUGGAGACUGGACCCAAGAAAGAUCUCCUGAAGCCACUUAAAUGAAGUGGAGGCCACAAAAGGACACAAGCGACAGUACCAUUUUAAAACAAACUCUGGAUUAGUUUUAGUCCUGAACUGGACUCUAAAACAGGUUGAACUUAAAAAAUCCCAAAAUGUUAUUUCGCUCUACAUUUUCUUUUUAAUUGAAGAACUUGUAUUUAAAACGCAAAUCAAUAAAAUCGCUAAUUUUCUUAUUGACCCUUAACACACAAACUGUUCUCCACAGCCAGCGGUGAUGCACAAAGGUGCUGGGGGGCUGUCGGGGGCUGUGCUUCUGUUGCUAGGCGACGGCUGAAAACCUGCUCGGGGCUUAGUGAGAGCUCCUUAGAAGGUGUGAUAUUUUUAGCUCGCUAGAAUGUCGAUGGACAAAAAAAAAUCAAAACAGACGGAACAUUUUAAGUCAGAGAGAAUCCUGCAGACUGCGUGACCCCUACAUGCACAGUGUGUGUGUGUGUGUGUGUGUGUGUGUGUGUGUGUGUGUGUGUGUGUGUGUGUGUGUGUGUGUGUGUGUGUGUGUGUGUGUGUGUGUGAGUUGUGAGGAGGAGGCUUUGUUUUGGAGGACCUAUCAGUCCCCUGCCUUCAGCCCUUGGUUUAUUUUUUAAUUAUGAUUUCAUCAGUUUGUUUCUUCUUUUCUUGCAUUGUGUUCUUCACGUGGUUUUGGCUUCUUACAACAUUAAGUGCUUGUGAUUAAUCCGACGGACUCUGCAGCACAGAGAACUCUUUCUGUAGGGUUUGACCUGCGAUCAGCUCCUCGUCCACCAUUGGCUGCCUUCACACUUGUCUCGCUCCGAUUGGUCAGACCAAGAUAUUAAAGAGACCAGGCAGUCCUCAGGUUUCUAUUUAUUUUUCAAUAUUUAUUUAUUUAUUUCAGUGGAUGAUUUUAAUGUGCUUUUCCUUUUUGUGUCUUUUGCUCUUAUUAUACAACUCUUGUGCACUUGUGCAGGUACCGUCUGUUGUUAAAAAGGAGUCGACUCUCCUGCUUUUAAAGGGAAAGUUCAACCACUUUGUGUCCUGCAUGUGUUUCUCUGAAACAAAAAACAUGGUGGGAAAUAGUUUUCUUUUUUCUUUGUGUGCUACUUUAGAUUUCAGGGGUUGUGUUGACAUUCUUUUCUUCCAUUUUCAUGGUGAGGAUGGAUCUCAUUACCACUUUAGCUGAGUGGGACAUCCAUCACUUUAAAUCUCAUGAUUCAGGUUUGUGUUUUAAGUGAUCUGACGUUUCAAAAGUAACAUCCUCAAAUAUUUAAUUUUAAAGUGAUUUGAGCUUUUUUAAAUAAUCAACGCAAAGACGUUGUGUUGUUCUCAGUGUUGAUGCCUAGUUGACCAGUAAAGGGUCAAAGGUUAAUCAUGCUGGCCAGACACGAACCCCCCCCGCCCCCCCCUCCUCCAUAAGAAGAAGAGACAGCAGCAUGUACGCUCCACAGGUGUUGUUCUUCUUGUGUGUUUUCAAAGUAUUAAAACACAAUAAGAGUCACAUGACUGAAAUGAGCGAGGACACAGUAUCACACCUGCAGAUAACUGCAUUUACUUUGCAUGACAGUCAACUGGACACUUUGUUUAUUGGUGUUUUUAUUUUAAUUUGGUUCCUCGUGUUCUACUGAACGCUGUUAUACUCAAACUUUCUGUCUGUUCUCUCAGCGUAUGAACACUUUUAUCUCCAGAUGAUACAGAGGAGAUGAUGAUCAGGAGGAUGAUGAUGAUGAUGUGGCACUAGGAGGAUGUUGACAGUGAUGAUGAAGAUGCUCUCCUCUGGGUCCCCGUGUUGUGGGUGCAGAACGUGGCCCUCACGUAGCUCAGAGAACACGAGGAGCAUCGUUGACCAUCAGCACCAAGACUGAGUGGAGCUUCACUGAGCCUGCAGGUCGCUUUGAGGAAGAGCAGUCGGGUCCAAGUGACCGAUGAGAGGCAGCAGAGAGAGAAGGAGCUCCAGCAGGGGGCGCAGUCACACAACGUGAGGCACAGACACACACAGACGGCCCAGUGAGGCUUCUGAUGCAGACGCACAACCAGUUGACUUUAGUGUCCAACCUGCAGCAGGUCAUCAGCGUAGAAGAAGAGCCAGUAGAAGGAAGUAGAGUGAGGCUCCUUCUCUGGUCUCUGGAGGUCAGUGAGAGCUCUGCUGCUUUAGUCACAUGAAGCAGGACUGAGAUCCACUGGAGCCACUGUGUUCCUCUGAAGCUCCUCCAUCUUCUCCCUCCACACAGGGACUAAGUUGCACUGACAACACUGAGUUGACUUCUCUGCUCUUUCACUCUUUGUCCCGUUCCCUCUGUUUCUGACUUUAUUCCAUCAUUUCUCUGCAGUCGCCUCUUUCUUCUUCACCUUUGUCCCUUUGUGUCCCUCUGGGUUUCUUCUGUAUAAUAAUAUUGAUCCUCUAGUUCUCUGAUUCUUUGGAUUAGUGCUCUGUUCUCUUACGUGUUUCUAUGACUUCAAGAAAAUGUGUUACGGUGUCAUCAAUAAAAUGAUCAUUUAAAUAGAAAA